AUGAGAACCGAGCUGCACGGAUACUGCGAUGCGAGUGAACGCGCGUACGGCGCGUGUCUCUACCUACGAACCAUAGACGAAGCCGGAAAAAUCAAGGUCGAGUUGCUAUGUGCAAAAUCGCGCGUUGCACCGUUAAAAACCGUUAGCCUCGCCCGUCUCGAAUUGUGCGGAGCACUGUUGCUGGCCAAUCUCCAUACGACCGCUCUCCAAAAUUUCGCGCGAUCAUUCGACAAGAUCACGUUUUGGACCGACUCGACCAUCGUUCUCAACUGGAUCAACAAGGAACCCUGCACCUUGAAAACGUUUGUGGCAAAUCGCGUUUCCAAAAUCCAGGAGAAGACAAGCGUGACCGCGUGGCGACACGUUAAAUCAGCCGACAACCCAGCCGACAUGAUAUCGCGAGGACAAUCGGCGCGGCAAUUUCGAACCAAUUCAACUUGGCGCAACGGACCCACGUGGCUUCUCGAAUCGGAAUUGAAUUGGCCGCCCUCGCAAUAUACGAUCACGUCAAACGUACCUGAAGCGAGACCCUUUACGUGCUUCGUAACUAAAACUUGUCAUUCCGAAGAAAUUUUGCACCGGUACUCGUCAAUAAAGCGUUUGCGCAGAAUCGUCGCGUACUGCCUGCGCUUCAAAAGGAAUAACAGUAACAGGGGUCCACUAACGAUCGAAGAGCUGCACCACGCGAACGAACGAAUUCUGCAGCUCACCCAAGCGUCCGUCUUCGCCAGAGAAAUCCAACAGCUCAAAACGGGAAAAGAGUUACAAUCGGCCAGCAGACUCUUAGCGCUACGACCCUUCCUGGCCGAUAAGGGACUCUUACGUGUCGGCGGCCGGCUGCAGAACUCGGCUUUGUCAUAUGAGCAAAAACACCCAGUGUUGUUGCCAAAAAAUAACACGAUAACGGAAUUAAUAAUUCGAAACGCACAUGUCGAGAAUCAUCACGCCGGGAUUAACACGACAUUAUGCCUCGUCCGCCAGCAAUAUUGGCCUAUGGAUGGGAGAAACACCGUACGCAAAAUCGUACGCCGGUGCGUCAGGUGCUUUCGGGUCGACCCCCCAAUAACCAAGUACGUCAUGGGCAACUUACCUGCGGCACGCGUUUCCGAAAGCCGACCCUUCGAUAAUUGCGGCAUCGAUUAUUGCGGUCCGUUUUACGUAAAGGAAAAAAAAUUCCGGAAUCGAAAUCGAGUCAAAAUUUACGUUGCGGUAUUUGUUUGUUUUGCAACCAAGGCGGUGCACCUUGAGGUAGUGGGAGACAUGACCACCGAAACCUUCAUCGCUGCCUUAAAACGAUUCGUAGCUAGAAGAGGACUCUGCCGCAAUAUUUACUCCGACAACGGAACGAAUUUCGUCGGCGCGGACAAUGAGUUAUCGAAACUCCACCAGGUACUUAACGCCGACGAAGGGGUACAACGAUGGCUUAUCGACAAACAAAUAUCGUGGCACUUCAUCCCAGCCCUCUCACCGAACUUCGGAGGGCUAUGGGAAGCCGCGGUUCGGUCCUUUAAACACCACAUAAAACGCGUGGUCGGUGAAGAACUCUUUACGUUCGAAGAGUUCAACACCUUGGUUGUCGAAAUCGAAGGAAUCCUAAAUUCACGUCCGCUAACUCCACUUUCCGCCGACCCUACCGAUCCUUCCGCAUUGACUCCAGCCCACCUGUUAAUUGGUAAUUCUUUGACGAGCCUACCUGAGGCCGAUUUCAGCAAUACACCUGUCAACCGGCUGUCGAAGUGGCAGCAUAUCCAGAAGGUAAAACGCGACUUCUGGAACAGGUGGUACAAAGAGUACCUGAACCAGCUCAACGUACGACAAAAGUGGGUCAAGGGAUACCACGAUCUACGAGAGGGAUCCUUGGUGGUCUUGAAGGACGACCACCUACCUCCGCUCCAGUGGCACCUCGGCCGAAUCGAAAGGAUGCACACUGGGCCAGACGGGGUAACACGAGCGGCGACCGUGCGGACCAGCCACGGCAGCUACAGGCGCAGCGUCAAGCAGCUGGCCCAGCUUCCAGUAACGGACGACAUCGAAACUGCUCAAAACGUUGAGCAGUCGCCUAGCGGUCGUAAUCCGCAAUCACCGCAUCCCGCACCGCUGUAG